GACAGAGUGAGAAAAAGAGAAGGCAGUGAAAAAAGGAAAAACGGAGAGUAAAAUUGCUGCAGUCAUGGACUUGCGCUCAGAACUGCUCAAGUCCAUUUGGUACGCUUUCACCGCUCUAGAUGUGGAGAAAAGUGGAAAGGUUUCCAAGUCACAACUAAAGGUCUUGUCUCAUAAUCUUUACACAGUUCUGGGGAUCCCGCACGAUCCGGCGGCUCUCGAGGAGCACUUCAGAGACGAUGACGACGGUCCCGUGUCCAGUCAGGGAUACAUGCCCUACCUCAAUAAAUACAUUCUGGACAAGGUGGUGGAAGGCACAUUUGUCAAAGAAAAUGUGGAUGAGCUGUGCUGGACUCUUACUGCCAAGAAGAACUACAGACCCGAGGGAAAGAGCAUUUUACCUGGAAAAGACGCCUUCCGGCUCUGGUGUCUGUUCAUAUUUCUAUCGGAGGACAGAUAUCCACUGGUCAUAAUCCCUGAUGAGGUUGAAUAUUUACUCAAGAAGAUAUGCAUGGCCAUGAGUGUUGAGCUGAACCUUGUUGAACUCGAGGACUUCAUUUCCCAGGAUUCUGUUCAGCAGAAUGGCUUCUCUGUAUGGGCCUUUCUGGAGAUGAUGAAUUCUGGGAAACUAACGAGGGGCAUUGUCAAGGAAACUAUCAGCAUGGCAAUAGAGGAGGUGUACCGGGAAAUAGUGGGUGAUGUGCUGAAAGAGGGAUAUCUGUGGAAGAAAGGUCAGUUGAGGAGAAACUGGACCGAGCGUUGGUUCACCCUGAAACCCAGCACUUUAAUUUAUUUCUCCAGCGAGGACCGCAAAGAUCGCAAGGGCAACAUUCAGCUAGACGGAAACUGCUGUGUAGAGGUUCUUCCUGACAGAGACGGGAAGAGGUGCAUGUUCUGUCUGAAGACGCUCACCAAGACUUAUGAACUUAGUGCAUCUGACACCAAACAGAGGCAGGAGUGGACUACAGCUAUCCAGACAGCCAUCCGGCUGCAUGUGGAGGGUAAGAAGUCUCUUCAUAAAGACCUGAAGCUGAAGCGGCGUGAUCAGCGGGAGCAGAGGGAGAAGAGGCGGGAGGCGAAAGAGCAGGAGCUGCAGCGUUUGCGGGCCCUGCAGGAGGAGCGCGAGAGGAAGAUGGCGGAGCUGGAGCUGCUGAAGGAGGCGCAGAGACAGGCACAGGCACUGCUGGAGCAGGACGAACUCCGGAGGCGACAGCAGCACGAACAGCUCCAGCAGGCCCUGGAGAUCCAGCUCAAAGAGGCUGAAGAGGCACGGGCGAGCAUGCAGGCAGAGAUGGCACUGAAGGAGGCCGAGGCUGAGAGACAGAGAACACGAAUCAAAGAACUGGAGGACAUGCAGCAGCGGCUAGAGGAGGCUUUACAACAGGAAAUCAAAGCCAGGCAGGACGAAGAAGCCUUCCGCUACGCACAAGCUCGGCUGCUGGCUGAGGAAGAGGAGAAGAUGAAGGCCCUCAUGUCUCUCCGUGAGGAGCAGGAGGAGUAUAUCCAGCGAGCCCAGCGGGAGAAACAAGAGCUCAGAGAGGAAAUGGAAAGCAAGUCUCGAUCUCUGGAUGAGGCACAGAAGCAGCUGGAGGAGGUCAGGGCCAAUCGCUACCGAGUGGACCAGGAUGUAGUGGCUGCUCAAAGGAAGCUUCGUCAGGCCAGCACCAAUGUUAAACAUUGGAACGUUCAGAUGAACAGAUUGAUGCAUCCUAUUGGACCAGGAGAAAAAAGGUCCUCAGGAGGUGGGUCUUUUUCCAGCUUUCGCAUCCCUUCACAGAAGGAUCCAGGACUACGUCUGAAGCAGAAACCGGAUGACCAGGAUGAGGAAGGCAAAGAAAACAUGGAAACCAGGGGAGGGUGUGAAUCCGACAAGCGUUUGUCUACAAACGGAGACAUGGACAUACCUUAACAUUGAGAAAAAUAUUUUUUAUUUUGCUGUUAAGACUGAUUUGAGUGAAAGGUGCCAAGAGCUCAUGCCGUUAAAAACGCCAUGCUUUUUAAUAUUCUCAUUAUUUGUUAAUAGCUUGUUAAACUGUAAUGUUUUUGUACACUGUCACAUGUUUUACAAGUAUUGUACUGUAGUUGUUAAUUAUCUGAUUGACUCAAAGCUUUAUGUAGACUAAGAUGUACACUGAAUAAAUAUUAUGCAUUUUUCAAGA